AUGACAUCCAGAGGGACGCCAAGUCGUUUUCUGAAAAGCGUCCUCCAAAACGGCGUGGGUCGUUACGUGUGCCAACUCAAGCGGCUCUCUAUCAUCUUUUCCAAAACGCGCAAAAGCUCGCUGGGUGUCAGGGAUUUUAUUGAAGACGGAGUGGUGGAUUACGCCAAAAAGAACCCUGGUACCGUCGUGUAUGUGUCCCCACAGACGUGUUAUAAACCCAAGAUAGUGGCGGAGUACUUAAACGGCAACGUGAGGGAAGAGAUUGUAGCAAGUAAAACGUCCUCGCAGAUCUUGGAGCUUCUCACCAAGAUGACCAAUCAGUCGGGCCAAGACAUCAUCCGCAUUCGCAAGCCCUUCCACACAGACAGCCCCAGCAUCCAGGGCCUAUGGCAUCCCUUCACCAACCGCCCCCUCACCCCCCGGAAUGACAACAAGGUGUGA